CUUCCAUCUCGCUAAUAAUAAUCGUAUUUUCAAUCAAAAUCUUCUUGAAUUUAUAAUCGAAAAGGUGGUGAUAAAAAAAUAGAGGUCUAUAAUUUGUUCACAUAUUGUGUGGCAACGGCUUCAAUCUGGAAGUCUUACAAGUAAAUCUCGAGGGCGGCGAAAUGACGUCCGUAGCUCGAAGACGUGAGCAGGAUGAUUCGGGUGAAUAUUCGGAUGCUUCGCAAGAAAUCGAGCAAAAUAAUUCUGGAAACGAUGCUCCUCAACAAUCGGAUUAUGAUUCCCAAGGUAGUGAUGCUGAACAUUCUGACAGAGAUCCGGAAGCACAGGAAGCUGAGAAGCGUGUAGAUGAUGAUGAGGACCGAAGUAAUCCGCAGUACAUUCCUAAACGGGGAACAUUUUAUGAGCAUGAUGACCGAACAGCGGCCAGUGGUGAAGAAUCAAGCAACACGACAUCAGAAACCACCUCCGAGAAGAAGGAGGAGCCGGCUGCUGAGAGACGUCGUGCGCCUCGCAAAUCCGAAACAGUUAAUAAAUGGUCUCACGACAAAUUUAAUGAAAACGAACAGAUGCCAAAAUCGAGGGAUGAGCUGGUAUCAAUAUAUGGAUAUGAUAUUCGCAAUGAGGACGCUCCGCCUCACGCGAGGCGUAAUAGACGUUAUGGACGCGGACCGAAUAAAUACACUCGUACGUGGGAAGAUGAAGAGGCAUAUAAGAGGCAAGCGAUUCAGGCAGCCCAUAAGAAACCCCCCAGUCCCUCUGAUUUCCCUGAACUGAACGCGGUUAAUAAGCCCGGACGAAAACCUCGUGUCCCACGGCCCCGUUCAAAAUCCCAACCGGCCUCAAACGAUUCUUCGGAGAAUGGUUCCUUAAGACGAAACGCGUCCAUAAAGGCCAAAUCUAGACCCAAUCCUGUGGCCAAGGCUAACACGUCCACCAAAGAGAAGAUGCCGCCGUUGGAGAACCUUACUAUAACCACUGUUAUUAAUAACAACCAAAACAGUCAACCCUUACGUAAAGUGAAUGCGACUAUCGGACAGCAGGCGCCGGUGUCCACGGAUCUUGCUAAGAGGAAACCAGCCCCACUACAGAAUGCGCAAAGUAGCGCCAGUAAACAAUCGCAACAGAAACCGGCUCAAAAUCAACAAAACCCACAGGGGACAGGUGAAAAUCGUGGUGGCAGCAAACGGUACAGUAGUUUACGACAACGGCCGUUGGCUGAACCGUAUUCGCCUCAAAAUCAACAGCAAAAUCAAUCAAAUCAUCAGAACCAGUUUAGGCAUCACGGUGAGUUCGCACCGGGUGCUAAUCAAAAUAAUACACAGCAACAAGGCAGUCCGGCCGCUCAAAUGCAUUCACAACAAGUUGUACAUCAGACCCAGUUACGUAACGCGAAUGCUACAACCCAACAAGGACACGGGCCAUCUCCGCCUCACCAGCCGGUACCCAAUCAACCGCUCGCUCAGCAGCAAGUUCGUCUGGGGCUGAUGGAGCAGCAGCCGAUGGUGCCGCACGGGCAUCACGCCAUGCACAAUAUGCCGCAGCCACACAAUAUUGGUCAAAUACAAGCGCCACAAGCAUAUGCGCCGCCCGCUAUGAUGCCCGCACAGUACAUGCAGCAAAGCGGUAGCGGGGCGGUGUACGGCGGAGCGAUGUACCAGCCUCCACAAUAUCCGCCUCAUCAAAUGUAUCCGCACCACAAUUAUCCAGCCCCGGGUGGCCUAACGUACUACAGCUGUAGCGAGCAGGAGCAGCCGCCCAGACCUCAGAGGAGACCCACCGCAGCCAUUCCCAUCGUCAGGCCUGCUAUACCCGAGAGGCCCCCGAAUUCGGAAAAGGAUAACAUAGAUCGUAUAGUGGAGAAUAUGUUUGUCAGAAAACCUUGGCCGGCCACUCACGAUGCGAAAGACAAGGAGAAGAGUCUAGAGCCUCAAAGUAAGGAUUCCUCUCAGCCUAACAGUUUGACAUCCAGCUCAAUAUCUACCGAUUCCAAAACGGAAGAGAAGAAAGAAAUAGUCCAAGAAGCAAAAGAAAUAAUCCAGGAACCGAAAGAAAUCCAAGAAGUGCAGAAGGAGAGUCAGGAUAGCCAGAAAGAGAGUCAAGAAGAGACGGAAAGAGAAACGGAGGCCUGACAUGGAAGAUUUCGUGAGUGUUAUGAGUACUUUAGGAGAUAGGGAUUUUUGAAUUUUAAAUAAAAACUUUAUAAAGUGAAUCUUCAAAUUUCGAACAUAAGUGACGUAAUUAGGUUUGUAAUCUGUGCUUUUACCAUAGUUAAAAAAUUCUAUACACUGUUUCACAUAGACUAUACUCCAGAAUAUAUAAUGUAUAAACUUGGCGAAUUGUGUGAGAUCCUAUAGGUCCCUUUGGGGUAUGACAUAUUUUUGGAUAUAUAAAAUUCAUUGUUUAUCCAACUAAAGUGGUGCAUAAAAAACAUAGACAAUACUAUGUAUAGAUUAUAAUCACUACUAUAGUUUCAUUCCGUAGACUACAAAAUUCUAUAAGUACGCAAAUGUUUUGGUAUCAAAAUUAUAGUUAUAAAAUUUUAAUUAUAAAUAUAGUUAGGUAUCUUAAAUUGUAUAGUUUUGACUGAAAAAUAAUAAACUUUAAGUAAGUUUGGUAUAAUUAGAACUGCAAAUUGAAUCAUAUUUUUCUAAAAAUAAAUUAUGUCUUGUACCAUAUUAUUUUCAGUAAAAACAAUCAAGGGAAAACCCAAAACAUUUCCUCACAAAUUUAAAACUAAAUAGCCUUGAAAUAGAUAAAUUGUAGACUAGGAUAAUUAAAUUGUAUGAAUUUUGAAUUUAUGGAAGUACCAAUAUUGUUGUCUUUUAUUUAUUUCGCUUUUACGUAAUUUGAAAAUAGAACAUCAAAAUUAAUGAAGGUUGUAUCACUAAGUUUUCGUUGACAAAUUCAACUCUAAUCUGUGGCUACGAACUUUUUCAUGUUUACAUAUUCUGUAAUCUAUUAUGAUUACUAAUCUGUGGAUGCGCGGGAUUUAACAGUUGCUAUUUCUUACUUUACAACUCUUAAAAUUCUUUAUUGUAAUCGAUGGCAUAUUCUGUAAUCUAUUAUGAUUACUAAUCUGUGGAUGCGCGGAAUUAAACAGUUGCCAGUUUUUACUUUACAACUCUUAAAAUUCUUUAUUGUAAUCGAUGGCAUAUUCUGUAAUCUAUUAUGAUUACUAAUCUGUGGAUGCGCGGGAUUUAACAGUUGCUAUUUCUUACUUUACAACUCUUAAAAUUCUUUAUUGUAAUCGAUGGCAUAUUCUGUAAUCUAUUAUGAUUACUAAUCUGUGGAUGCGCGGGAAUAAACAGUUGCCAUUUCUUACUUUACAACUCUUACAUGCAUUUUGUUGUACUCGAUGGCAUAUUGUGUAAUCUGUGGCUGCAUGAGAUUUAACCGGAGUUGCCAUUUCUCACUUUAAAACUUUUUUUUUUAAAUCGUUGACACAUACGUAUACUUAGUAAUCUGCACAAGACGUUUAUAAGUUCUGUAACAUUGACAUUUUGACAGCAAUCUAUGUGAUUUAAAGUAUAAAACUAUAAUCAUAUUGAAAAUUAACUUAAAUUAUUUUCACCUAUCAAUCUCCAUUGUGCCUUUUUCAUCUACACGACACUGCCGAUGUACCUUGUACCAAGUUGGCACAAAUAAGCCAUAAACAUUGGAUUGAAUAAAAGUAUAAUUCUUUUUAACACAUCUCGAUUUACUGUUUACUAAUUAGACUAAGCAAUCGGCAGUUUAGUAGAGUUUAUACACACAGAUUUGUGUUGACUGUUAAUGUGUUUUCAUUUCCAUAAAAUAAACGAGAAAUUUCUUUGACAAGAUUAUUGUUACAGAACUUUACACACGCUGUUAAAGAUUACUAACUAGGUUUGUAUCAGUUGUAACUUCAUUUACGUAAUAUUUAUUUUAACGUCAGUUAAAGUCCAUAUUUUCCGUGCUGUAACUAGACUUUUUUUUAAAAGCUUGUCGUUUAAAGGGUAGAUAAAAGUUUUUCUUGGCUGUUCUAAGAAAUCUUCAGUUGGGUACAGAUAUGGGCAGCGUGUUUUAAAGGUCAAAGCUCUGUAAUAAUGCCGCUACUGUAGUGAAAAGCUAAGCGUUAACACCGGCAGGCGUGAGGAGGAACUUUGAUGAACGUAUGCCAUCUCAUUCUAUAUCUAUAUGAGAAAGGGAGAACAAUAUAUUGGUUUGUCCUAUUUUCUUUUGUCAGUUAUUAAGUGUUUAGGUUUUACUCAAGCUGUAGGUAUAGAAAAUGGAGUCUCAAAUGAUAGGUGAUCGAAGCAAAAAAAUUUUUAAUAACGCAAUGUUUCUCGGUAAUUUUGAGAAGUCGUUUAAACAAUCUACAUAUCUUAGGAAAAAUAAAACGUAUUAUUACUCAGUACAUAACAGUUAUUAAUAGCCUUAUUUAAGAAAUACAAAAUAUAUACACUAUAACUAUUGUUUUUCUAAAUCUACGAUAACCGGUUCUGUGUGCGUACGAGCAAAGGCCAGCCCCAAUUACCUCCAGUUUUCUUUAUUGUACACUAAUUUCGUUCAGGUCUUUCCAGCCGUUACCACGAUUUCAUGGGCCCAACUUUUGAACAGCCUUUCUCAUUUUCUUUUAUGGUUGCUAUAGUGUUACAAUUUUUCUCCAUUUAUCUGCUGUUAUGGUAUGUCCAGCACUUUUCCAUUUUAGUUGUUUUAUUUUGUAUGUAACGACAGUAAACCCUGUUUUAUCACUUAAAUUCUUGUUACUUAUUUUGUCAAUUCUUUUCUUUAUAAUACUUCGUUCACAUUGUGCUCACAUAACAUAUAGUUACAUUAGUGUAAAUAUUUAAAAAUAACUAACUGUAACCGCUGGUUAUGACAGAAACGUUUAGGCAGAGACAAGGGAUAUGUUGCUUACAUAAAUAUCGAUCGCAGAGAAUUAAUACGAAAAAUCUUGCUUAUAAAACUACUAUGUUUAUCUAUCUACAUCGUGUAGGAAAGAAGCGGAUAUAGAGGUAUAAAGCUUUUACAAUUUUUUAUGUUCAAAACCUUUGAGCAAGGACUGCUAGUAUGUUUGACAUAUUAACGACAAUUACUUCAUUUUCUUUACCUGUGUAAGUUCACUAGUCUUUAUUUAAGUGUAUUGCUAAAUUUGAAAAAAUGGCAACAUUUCACAGAAUUGUUGUUAUUGUAUCGUAACUGAAACUGAAAAUUUGUAAAAAAUAAAAAAAUAACAAAAACAGCUUUUGUAUACUUCUAGUUAUUUAUUAUUAAGUAA